UUUUCACCGGAAGUUGCAUGUGGACGUGCAGGGAGGAAAGAAGAUAUAUUUUUUUGUCUUUAGGCGGUAGACAGUGGAAAUAUAGGUCUAACACCACAAUGAAUAACAAUACUUUCUCUGGAGAGUGGAAUGUCUGACAACAGAUGACAACAGUAAAAGUUUCAUUUUAUUACACUGAUCGACAAAGAUGUUGGAGAAGAUUUUAACAGCCACUGUGUCAGAAUACAUACAGCUUCCCGUAUGGACUGUGGCUCUCGCUACAGGAUGUUUAGUCUGGCUUCUACACAUCGGCAGGAAGGGAGUUAACCCAAAGAAGGGAUAUAGUUCCCCACCAGAGACAGUGACUAACAAAGCUGAACCCACUAUCAGUACAUCUGAUACCACACAGGCAAGGCAAAAGAAACUCAAGGUCUUGUUUGGUACACAAACAGGGAAGUCUAAGACGUUUGCUGGACUUUUAGCCAGUGAUGCUGAACGUAAGGGUUUUACGUCCGAGAUACAGGACCUGAAAGUUUACGAACCUGAGGAUACACUGGCUGACGAGGCAGAUGACUGUUAUCUUGUUGUGAUUAUCUCCACCUACACUGAGGGUCAGCCACCAGAGGGAAGUGCUUGGUUCCUGAAAUGGCUGCAAGACACAUCCUCAGAUUUCCGUGUACAAAAAACAUUACUGAAGGAUCUCAAUUACGCUGUUUUUGGACUGGGAAACUCAUUGUACAAGGAACACUUUGGUGUGGUUGGUAAAAAGGUUGACAGUUUACUACAUCAGUUGUCUGGACACAGGAUUGUGAAUGCAGGUGUUGGAGAUGAGAACGUUGCUGAGAGUAAACAUGCAGGAAUAGAAGCUGAUUUUGAUGCAUGGCGAGCAGAAUUCUGGAGAAAAAUGAAAACUUUGAAAAACUUACCAUUUACCAAGAAAGUCGAUCAACAAAAGAAAAACGACAAAUGUUCAGAUGGAUCUAAUAAUUGUGGUGGGAAGUGCAAAUGUAAGGACUCCGAGGAGGCCUGUAGCAGUGGAGAGGAGCUGUAUGAGACAACAAGUGAAGAAGAAGAUGAUGAUGAUGAGGAGGAGGAAGCAAAUGAGGACGGCAGUGAUAUGUCACUACAGAAGAGCAACGGUGUUGUAGAUGUGGAGGACCUGGGAAAAGUCAUGAAGAACAUGAAAAAAGCAAAGGUACGGAGGAAAAGAGAGGACCUUGCCAAAGCAAGUGCGGAACCUAAGGAGAUGGUGACGCCAGCGCUCAGGAAAGCACUAGAGAAACAGGGUUACCGACUGAUCGGGUCCCACUCGGGUGUCAAGUUGUGUCGCUGGACCAAGUCGAUGCUGAGAGGAAGAGGAGGGUGCUACAAGCAUGCCUUCUAUGGCAUUGAGAGUCACCGCUGCAUGGAAACCACACCCAGUCUUGCCUGUGCCAAUAAGUGUGUUUUCUGCUGGAGGCAUCACACAAACCCUGUGGGGACAGAGUGGAGGUGGAAAAUGGAUGACGCUGAAACUGUGAUAGAGGGGGCCAUCCAAAAUCAUCGAAGUCUCAUCAAACAAUUCAAAGGUGUACCUGGUGUCCUACCUACGAGACUACAGGAGGGCCAUGACAUCCAACACUGUGCCCUCUCCCUAGUCGGCGAACCAAUCAUGUACCCGGAGAUCAACAAGUUUGUGGACCUGCUGCAUGACAAGGGCAUCUCCUCUUUCCUCGUAACAAAUGCUCAGUUCCCAGAUGCUAUCAAGAACAUGUCUCCUGUCACCCAGUUGUAUGUAAGUGUGGAUGCCAGCACCAAGGAGAGUCUCAAAAAGAUUGACAGACCACUCUUCAGGGACUUCUGGGAUAGAUUUAUGGAAAGUCUGCUUGCCCUGGGUGAGAAACGACAGAGAACUGUGUACCGACUGACCCUGGUAAAGGCAUGGAAUACAGAGGAGAUUGAGAACUAUGCUAAGCUUGUCUCCAAGGGCAAACCUGACUUCAUAGAGGUCAAGGGUGUUACCUACUGUGGUGAGUCGAAGGCCUCCACACUGACAAUGGAAAAUGUACCCUGGCACGAGGAAGUCAUCAAGUUUGUCAAGAUUCUUGAGGAUGAACUUGACGAGUACGAGAUUGCCUCGGAACACGAACACUCAAACUGUCUACUCAUGGCUCACAAAAAGUUUAAGGUGAACGGUGAAUGGUGGACAUGGAUAGAUUACGAGAAGUUUCACAAACUUGUGCAAGCGUUCAAGUCCAGUAACGGUCAAGAGACUUUCUGUGCCGAGGACUACAUGGCUAAGACACCUUCCUGGGCAGUGUUUGGGUGCAAGGAACAGGGAUUCGAUCCUAAGGAAACAAGAUUCCGAAGGAAGAAAAGGAAGGACAUCGGAGGAUGUUGACACAUACAUCAGAGAUAAAAAUAGUAAUGGUUCCAAUGACUCGAUAUCGGUGAUCUAGGACUGCAGAAUAUAAACUUCAGAAAAUCACUGAAAACUUAACCUCAUGUGAUGUUGUGACAGAAAAAUAUAUUUCUUUCUACUUAUUUGUUUUGCUCAUCUGCUGUUUUUAAUUAAGCAGAAUUAUGACCUCAGAACAAUGACAUUACAUGCCUUCGUACAUCUGCCUUUAUAUGCCUGUAGAAGACUGGGUAUGUUAGGAUUAGACGUUGGUUUCUGUCAAUGUCUUCCGCAAACACGAUCCAAUUUCUGGUCUAAAAAUGUCUUUAUUAAAUAUGGUCUACUUUAACUGAAACUUUGUCUGACAAGAAAUCUAGAUGCAUAAUCGGAAAAAUGUCCACAUUCUAUGUUGAAUUCACUGAUCAUAAUUUAGCAUACUGCAAAUCUGAUUGGUUAUUGUUUUUUUCACACAAGAACUUCAUAGAUUAUUAUCCAAUUAAGGCACAAGAUCCCUUUUUUUUGGUAAUAGAAAACGAAGGCCAGUUUCUUAACGAGCAGGUCUUGUGCAUAUUUAAUCAGCAUACAGCAAUCAGAUGUUCAGUAAUUCACACAAUAACUGACUUAAAUAUAAUUCAGUUUUAAUGAAACAUUGAAGAUUAACAAAUAUAACUUAAAGACUUGGGCCAAGCUCAAGGCUAUACAGAUACUGUGCAUACUUAAUUAGCAUACUUCAUUCUGAUUGGUUAUUGGUUUACUGUGCAUACUUCAUUAGCAUACUGCAAUCUGAUUUGUUAUUGGUUUACUGUGCAUACUUAAUUAGCAUACUUCAAUCUGAUUUGCUAUUGGUUUCCAUGUAAAAAAAACAACCUUAGUCUCUAAAAGACUUGAUUUGAUUUCAAUGAAACUUGGUAGAUCAAUUAUAUAAAAAGUGUGGCAGUAUUCAACACUGGGCAGGUGUCAUGCAUAUUUGAUAAUCUGACAAGAGGUAGAAUUCUAUAUAUUUACGAUCAGUCCUGUGACUUAGGGUUAAUCUCCCUACUAAUCUUAGUAAAGGUUAAAAAGGGCAGCUGCACUCUUGGACACUAAUAAGCUUUUGUUUUAGUAUUUUGUUGACAGACAUGAUCAAACCUUUCGUUCAUAUGUUCAAUCAUUGUUGUUUAACAACAAUUGCACUUCAGUUUCACACACAUUCCUCAACUUAAAGAAUUCUGUAAUUUGAAAGGACCAUGUAUGGUUUAGGCCUGUUUUAGACCCCAAAUGCAUCAAAAUUCAAAACCUUUAAAUGAACUUUGAAAUGACUGUUUCUUUAAUUGCGAAUACUUCCUAAAUACCAUAAUGAAAAUAUUUAUGUAUAUUUCUAAUUAUUGUUGCCAUGGUAACAACUUCAAAUUUGCAUAAA